AUGAACUCUCAUCUCCUAAAAAAUGCUCCUAUUGGCGGUAGGUAUCUCUCCUCGGUCAAUCAAUUGGCUAUGAGGAAGGUUCUGCUCAUCAACUCGGUGUCAGUUUCGACUAAACUGCUGCGUCCAUACUGGUCAGUCAUCACGUCGCAAUUCAUUGUGCCUGCUGACAACGGCCUUUGUGGAAAGAGAGGGUUGUCUUCGGUGGAUGCUGUGAGCAUAAAAGCCCUGCAGCGUCUGGAGAAUGACGACGGGUACAGGAAAAUACUGAACCUUGCGGCAUGGAACGUUCGCACAUUGUUGGAGAAUAGUGAUCGACAUGAACGUAGGACCGCCAUCGUGGCAUGUGAGCUGGCUUGUUUUAAAAUAGAUAUUGCUGCACUGAGUGAGACAAGAUUAUCCGAUGCUUCACAAUUUGAAGAAAAAGGUGCCGGAUACACCGGAUUCAGUCAGGGGCAUCCGGCAGGAAAAGCGCGAACGUGUGGAGUUGGAUUUGCAAUACGUAGCAAGCUAAUCAAGUCUGUGUGUCAGACUCCCCAUGGCAUAUUGCCCCGUCUAAUGAAGAUGCAACUGAGUCUCGAGGGAGGACAUACUGCUACGUUGAUCAACUGCUAUGCGCCCACACUGGGAGCAUAG